AAAGAAGGAAAAAAGAAACGAAAAUAAUAUUCUCUAGAAUCUUAUUUAUUUUUCAUAUAAAACUAAGGUAGCUAGCCCAAUUUCCUUCAAGCGGUUACUUCUUGCCUUACAAGUGACAAGAAGUUUCUGAAGCGAAUGAAGAGGCCAAUUUUCACCAGUACAACACCUUUUUGAGGCACCGUUGGGAAGAAGUUGGAAGCAUUGUAAUUAAGAGGCAAACUAGUAUAUAGAACUAGGAUGAGCAUUCCUCCUGUACGAUUUGUUCCAGGUGUCCAUACUGUUGAGGAAAUUGAGUCCCAGCUUGCGAAUCUUCAUGUAGCCAAAAAAUCAUAUGUAUCAAAAUCGUAUUCUUCAUACAAGGAAUUAACAAAGUUCUUUUGGGAAGUUUACCAUGAGAUUAAGAUUACUGAUGAGGAAAUUGCGCAUAAGCGUGAGGCUAUGAGAGUACUAAGCGAAUAUUUACAUCGAAUAUGCUCGGAUGCGGUACUAGCGUCUUUUGGAAGUUUAGAAUCUGGAUUUGCUUUGAAGCAUUCAGAUAUGGAUUUGUGCGUACUUACGGAAUCUUUGGAAGCAAGCGAACCGCUUGCUCCUCUUUUUUAUGAGGAACUUGUAAAAGAAGGCUUUGAGGGAAAAUUUCUACAAAAAGCUAGAAUUCCCAUCAUUAAAUUAAUUGGUGACGAAAAGGAAAGAUUUGGUUCAGGUUUUCAAUGCGAUAUAGGUUUCAAUAACCGGUUGGCAAUUCACAAUACAAAACUUCUAUCUUCAUAUUCUCGACUGGAUAGUAGGUUUCGACCCCUAAUGUUGCUAGUAAAAUACUGGGCCAAACAGAAGCGGAUCAACUCUCCUUAUUUUGGAACCCUUUCUAGUUACGGUUAUGCUUUGAUGCUACUUUACUAUUUACUGCAUGUUGUUAAACCACCAGUUUUUCCUAAUCUACAACAAGCACGCACGAAACGGGAGAAAAUUGUGGAGGGAUUUGAUGUUGGUUUUGAAGAAAAUAUUGAGCGCUUUCCUCCUUCUAGUAAUGUUAGCACUUUAGGAAGCUUGUUGCAUGGAUUUUUUCGCUAUUAUGCCUACAAGUUUGAGCCACGGGAUCGCGUAAUUACAUUUAAUCGGCAGGACGGGGUUCUAACAAAACAAGAGAAGGGCUGGACAUCGGCGACUGAACAUACUGGGUCAGCAGAUCAAAUAAUCAAGGAUCGUUAUAUAUUAGCUAUCGAGGAUCCUUUUGAAACUACUCAUAAUGUAGGAAGAACCGUCAGUAGCUCCGGAUUAUACCGUAUACGAGGCGAAUUCAUGUCUGCUGCACGGCUAAUAAAUUCACGCGUCUCUGGGUCUUAUAAAGAAUUAUUUGAACAAGCACCGUUACCUCCACGGCGAUCUAAAAAAGUAGCUGACGAGACCGAUGUACCUGAAAAAGAAGAUGAAAAUAACGAGAAUCCUAGAAAAGGGGAAAUUCGUCAAGCUUAAUGAAAGUGGUUUAUGGAAUUUGGGUAUAAAAGCAAUUAAUAUGUCAAAUAUGUUGUUCUUUUGGGUCUUAAUGAUCAUUGGAACUAUUCGAUAAUUAAGCAACGGUAUUUCGAUCAUUGUUUCUCAUGUAGAAAGAACACAAAUUUGACUGGAAAAAAAUAUGAAAAGGAUAUAAGGUUAUAAUGGUUUUUAAAGAUACGAAUUAUACAAGCACUACUGUACAUUACAUAAAAAUACAAUGGUUUCAAACAUUGCGUUUAUUUAAA